GAGCAUAUUUUUACUCCCAAAUGCUGCUAUAUAUAGAGGGACAAUAGUCAUUGUGUCGUUUGACUGGUGGAUUGAUAGCAGCGCUGAAGAACUCCAAUAUGGUAGGUUCCUUCCUCCCUCCUUCCCUUCCCUAGGAGGCUAAGCAAAUUCAUCCUUAUAUUUAAUCUUGCGCAACCCAUGUCUUCUUUUCGCAAUCAGUUCCUUCCUUCUUCCUUUCCUCCUUGGUGCUGUGGCCAAAAAUUUAUUCUGUUUUGUGUUUUUUAACCAUUCUCCUUCAAUUACUAAGAAACAAAAAAAUUGCAUUUAAAAAUUAUCAAAGGGAAAAGAACAUUUUGGUGAUGUUCUUGGAGGUGGGAGGGGGGGCAGGGGUUUCAUUGCUUUCCAGGUGGCCAGGGGAGGCUUUUAUUUCAUGCUGCAAAUCAUCGUUCUGGCAGCCUGUGCUCUGCAGCCUCCUUGGGUGCCCAGGUUUCCUGAAAGCUUCAUGGAUAUCUUCAGCUGGCUUUUCUAUUGGAAGGUGGGGAGGCUGGCUGCUCUGUGCCUGACAGUCAUUCUUUUUUUUUAAGUGAAGUGGGUCAGUUUUAAAACAAUCAGUUCUGAAAGGGGUGGGGAUGGGGGUUAGCUAUAAGGAAAGAUUUCCCUUAAGAAGAAAUCCGUGACGGUGUUCAGUCUCAGGUGCUCAGAAGGCAGCCACCCCAGCUUCAAUAAGGAACAUAUGGAACUGCCUUAUACUAAGUCAGAGCAUUGGUCCAUGUAGCCCAGUAUUGUCUACACUGAAUGGUAGCUGCUCUCCAGGGUUUCAGGCAGGGUUCUCUACCAGCCCUGUCUGGAGAUACCGAGGAUUGUACUUGGGACCUAAGGGAAAUGCUCUAUCACUGAGCCAUAGCCUUUCGCCUGAAAAUAAUGCUCAGUUGGAAGAUAUUAGGAAGUAACUUCUCCCAUGGGGAUUUUUCAGAUCAGGGAGAUUAACAGAAAACAGGCUUACAGAUCAUCUAAAAUGCUAAGCCGUCUGCAACUGCUUUUCAGUAAACAAGAUAAAUAAGGGCGGGCAGCUAGGGAGGCUGCAGGGUGCUGGAUUAAUGUUUAAUAGAAAACUGGGGGGAGCCUUCUGAGUGCUUUGCAAGGUGGUCACCUCUCUAUGGUAAGAUACGUUCAAGGGUUAACCCACCAAAAUUCUGGAGGGAGAAAAAAAUGGGAGGCUCUUUCACAGGAGAAGAAAUGUUUUGAGAAGUGGAAGUUUGGGGAGCCUUCUACCCUUCACUGGAUGCUUUUAAGCAGAGGAUGGAUGACCAUCUGCCUGGGGUUCUUUAGCUGCAUUUUCUGCAUGGGGGGGUGGGCUGGAUGACCCUUGGGGUUCCUUCCAACUCUACAGUUCUAUGAUUCUCUCCAAGCAUAGCUGUCAACAUUUUCCUUUUUUUAAGGGAAAUUCCCUUAUUCCGAAUAGGAUUCUUCGCAAGAAAAGGGAAAAGAUGACAGCUAUGUCUCCAGGUCCUGUGAAGGCCUGCUCCCCUUCUUAUCUUUGUGGUUAUUUUGCAUUGUAAGCAGCUUUUUGUUCAUUUUUUAAAAUGGAAAGAGGGAUUAAUAAUAAUAAUAAUGAUGAUGAUGAUAAUGAUAAAUUUGUGCUUUAAAAAAUACUUUCUGAAGCACACAGAGUCUCAGGGAAGCAUCAAACAUGUUCAAAAUGGCAAAAAGGGUAGGGGGGAAAUCCAUUCCUAUCCCAAGUAAUGAUGGUAAUAUUCUUAAUGAAAGCAACCCGAGGACGUCUAUACAUAAGGAAACGAUCAUUCUUUAUUAAUCAGAGAGAAAUGUACAUGUAAUUAUGCCAAAUGAGCUCUGCAGGGAGGCUUUCCGCCCCUCACCCCUACCCCCCACUUCCCCCUCCCCACCUCUCACACUUUACGAUGUCUUAAAAGGAUUUAUAAAUAUUACUGGGGUUUUAUAGCAUCGUAAAGUUUCAGCUCUUUCUGUAAUGCUACUUUCAAACGAUUACUGGGAGACAAACCUCUGUUGUCAGAAGUAAGACAAUAAUCGCUGCAAGGCGGGGAACUGUGGCGGCCCUGAAUCUCGAGGGCUGGGGAAGGGGAAUCCUAGAAUAGCAGCUAUUCAGUCCUUCCCCUCUCCUCACUUUCUCCUCACAACAUCCCUGUGAGGUAGGUUAGUUUGGGAGAUAAGGGCUGGCCCCAAGAUCACCCAGCGAGCUUCAUGGCUGAACGGGCCCUAGCCCAACACGUCGCCUCACGGCCUCUACCACUUCGUUCUGAAGUAUGUAAUUUGUGCAAAUUUAGAAACAGUUCCCUUUGUGGUUUAACAAGCAAUCCUUCUUCACGUGGAAACUGUAACUGUGAGGGAAACAAGGGUCUCUUAACAACUCUAGCACCCUCAAUGAACUGCAGUUCCCAGGAUCCGCUGGGGGAAGCCAUGACUGUUUAAUAAUAAUAAUAAUAAUAAUAAUAAUAAUUUAUUAUUUAUACCCCACCCAUCUGGCUGGGUUUCCCCAGCCAUUUUGGGCGGCUUCCAACAAAACACUAAAAUACAAUAACCUGUUAAACAUUAAAAGCUUCCCUAAACAGGACUGCCUUCAGAUGUCUUCUAAAAGUUUGGUAGUUACCGUAUUUUUUUGCUCUAUAAGACUCACUUCCCCCCCCCCAAAAAAGUAAGGGGAAAUGUGUGUGCGUCUUAUGGAGUGAAUGCAGGCUGCGCAGCUAUCCCAGAAGCCAGAUCAGCAAGAGGGAUCGCUGCUUUCACUGCGCAGUGAUCCCUCUUGCUGUUCUGGCUUCUGAGAUUCAGAAUAUUUUUUUUCUUGUUUUCUUCCUCCAAAAACUAGGUGCGCCUUGUGGUCUGGUGCGUCUUAUAGAGCGAAAAAAAACGGUAUUUUCCCCUUUGACAUCUGGUGGGAGGGCGUUCCACAGGGCAGGCGCCACUACCGAGAAGGCCCUCUGCCUGGUUCCCUGUAACUUGGCUUCUCGCAGCGAGGGAACCGCCAGAAGGCCCUCGGCGCUGGACCUCAGGGUCCUGGCAGAACGAUGGAGGUGGAGACACUCCUUCAGGUAUACUGGCCCGAGGCCAUUUAGGGCUUUACAGCGGUUUACAGCGGUUAUUGUAGUACUUUAAAUGGGUGAACGUGGAGUUCAUCUUUUGGUAGCCGGUUCCUCAGCAAGUUCAUUGCAGAGGCAGCUGCCUCCCUGUUCUCUGUCCUGAAUCAUCCACUUUGCUUGGAGGAUCUCCAAGUUCAAGUCUUGUGAGGAGGAGACAAACUUCCUCCCUGUCCACUUUCAUGCGCUAGUUUCUCCUCAGACCCUACAAAUCUUCCGUCUGCCUUUUCUCCCUCUCCUGCUAAUCAGCUUCCUUGGAUGACCCCAUUGGGUUGUGGUGCUAUGAAAGAGAGAGAAAAACUUCAGUUCCUCCCCCCCCCCCACCUCCAUGCAUAAUUUUAUAGAUUUCCUCCCCCCCUUCCUCGUCUUUCCCCCCAUACUAAAAAGCCUCUAAUGUUAUAACCCUUCCAUGAAUGGAAGUCUUUUUCGGAUUAUUUAAAGAAAUACUAUAGUAUGAUGAAUUCACAAGCUGGAUUUGAGGAACAGGAGGAAUGAGAAAGCAUUGUAUUGUCGUUGCGGUGAGAGAAGAUAGGGUGCAGCAAGGGGGAGAAAUAAAAAAACACCAUGGAAAAUGGGGUGGGAAGUGGACAAAACCAAAGGAAAAAAUCAUUAUGUAUUGGAGUACGUAUGGGAUUGUUUUGAAAAUUUAAUAAAAUAUAACUGGGCUGCCAUACAUCCAGGAUUUCCCAGACAUAUCUGGGAUUGUUUGUCAGAAAUAUUAUCUGGACAGAACCCCCCCCCCCCACCUCAGGAAAAGCUCAACAAUUUUGCCAAAAAAUAUUUUUUGUGUCCGGAUUUUCAUUUUUUGAAAUAUGGCAACCCUGUGGGGGAAAUGUUAUAACCCUUCCUCAUAGGGGAAGUUAUUUCCCUAUUCCCUGGGAGAAGGCUACUGCCUUCCAACCCUGCUUUCCCGAAUGACCUGAAUGCAGGACUAGGCAAACCUUUUGUAAACCUCUGCAACAUUUUUCAGCUGGAAAUCGGGGUGUGUAUCUUUUGGUGCUGCGCUGCCACAUAAUUCAGCUGACUGCCUCCCCUGCCCCUGAGUUAGUUGGCUGCCUCCCCUGCCACAACUUCUCCCUGGCAGAUGCUCACUCCCUUUCCUCCUUGCUCGCUUCCUCUGCCUACGCCACACCUCAUGCCACCAUGACAGUGGUGGCAGCUUUGGCGGCAGCAGAGAGAAGCCAGGAAGAAGAAGAAGAGGAGGAGGAGGAGGAGGAGUUUGGAUUUGAUAUCCCGCUUUAUUACUACCCUAAGGAGUCUCAAAGUGGCUAACAAUCUCCUUUUCCCCUCCUCCCCCACAACAAACACUCUGUGAGGUGAGUGGGGCCGAGAGACUUCAGAGAAGUGUGACUGGCCCAAGGUCACCCAGCAGCUGCAUGUGGAGGAGCGGAGACGCGAACCCGGUUCACCAGAUUACGAGUCCACCGCUCUUAACCACUACACCACACUGGCUCUCAGUGUGAGCAAGAGCGCACAUCCACACCUCCGCUCCGGAGGGGAAAUGUCACCCCCAUGCGCAAGGGUUCAGCUUCAGGAGGGUUCCACCAAUAAGCGCAAGGACCGGCUUCUCCUCCUCUUCCUCCCGUGCUCAGCGGCAGUGUUGGAAGGGGGAAACGGGGCACUCCCGGAUGAAACCAGAAGCCAGGAUGGCUUCUGUAAUUCCCUGAAUGUCCCAGGAAAAUAGGGACCCUUGAAGGGUAUGUUUCUGUGACCCAUCAGUCGGGCAUGUUCUUAUUCAAAGAGGAUCGGGAGGUUGGGUCAAUUGAUGCCUAUCGGACAGGAUGGCUAAAUGGAACUUCCUUGUUCAGAGGAAGUCUAUCUCUGGAUGCCAGGUGCUGGGCACAGAUAACUAGGGGAUCCCAUCAGAUUUAAGCCUUGCUUGUGGGCAUUCGUUUGGCCUCCGUGGGGAAGAGUAUGCCAAAGCUUUGGUCUGAUGGGGGAGUGUUGUUGCCAUGGGCUCUUGCGGUCCACUUUUCUCCAGGGUAGAUAAUGAACUUCCUUGUUUAUUUCACGAAAUUUAUAUGCCAUAGCAUGAUAGAAUUGUAGAGUUGGAAGGGAUCCCCAGGGGCCAUCUAGUCCACCCCCACCCCCCGCAAUGCAGGAAUCAUGGCUAAAUAAUCCCCACCACUUUCCAAGCUUCUAUCCUGGCAGGCAGUUGCUUGCUGCCUGAAACUGAAGACAUUCCUUCCCCCCCCCCACUGUGCAUGCAAAUAAUUCCCCUUUCCUCCCACUGUCCCUAUGAAUUUCUUUCUUUCUUUCUUUCUUUCUUUCUUUCUUUCUUUCUUAACUCGGAACACAAAACUCUCUUUUCCAUUCUUGGAUCCCCCUAAACGUCACCUCGCCGGCAUCUCUGCCGUGACACCGUGAACUGAGGCAUAAGCCUGGAUUAGAUUUAUCAUCUAAUUAUAGCUAGAACUGGAAAAGGAGGAAUAAAAAAAAAUAAUGAUCAGAGGUAUGGAAUGCCGUCCAUAAAAGGAGAGGAUCAAAAGAUCGCAGCACACCGGAUCCAAAUGGAAUCCCGGGGGAGGGAAACAGAGAUGACGGCAGGACUCUCCAGGGGACUUCCAGCUCUUUCUAUGAGCCCAGGGUCCAAUCUAGUCCAGCGUCCUGUUCUCACAGUGGCCAACCAGAUGCCCCGAUGGGAAGCCCAGAGGCAGGAUUCGAACACAAGAGCCCUCUCCCCUCCUGAGGUUUCCAGCCACUGCUGUUCAGAAGCUUUGCUGCCUUCCACCAUGCUGCCGCUGACAGACACUUCCUCCAUGAAUUUCUCCAGCCCCCCCUCUUUUUAUAAAGCCAUCCAAGUUUGUGUCCAUCCCUGCCUCCUGUGGCAAGGAGUUCCAUAGUUUAUGCACUGCAUGAAGAAGUCCUUUAUUCCCCCACCCCACCCUGAAACUUCCAACAUGCAGCUUCAUUGGCUGUCUGCAAGUUUGUUUGUUUAUUGCAUUUAUAUCCCACCUUUUCCUCCAAGAAGUUCAAGGUGGUGUACAUGGGUCUCCCCCUCCUCAUUUAAUUCCCACAACGACCCUGUGAGGUGGGUCAGACUGAGGGGCAGUGACUGGUAAGCUUCAUGGCCAAGUGAAGAUUUGAACCCCGGUUUCCUAGGUCCCAGUCCAGCGCUCUAACCACUGCUCCACACUGCCUCUGGUUCUGGUCUUAGUUUUGUUUAGCCCCCUCUCUGCUGACACACACACAGUCUCCGUCCUGUCUCAGUCCCUGGAUGGCAAGGGUGAUUCACACAGUCUGCUCAACUGCGUCAGUCCAUUGCUCUCAUUUCUCCCCUUCUCUAAGCCCGGCAGCCAGGAGAAAUGCAAAGAAUUAUUGCAGAGAAAAUCCUUAACAAGGAUAAUGCAUCUUUGCAUCAACCUCUGGUUUUAUCUUUGCACACUGUUUCAUUUAUUUUAAAGUAUUUAUUUUAAAGUGUGGUGUUUUUUUUAACUCUUUGUUUUUCUUGAAUUUAAAAAUGACAGCAAUACAGAAUCCUCAAAAAUCCAGGUCCGUUAUUAUGACAUUUGUAACUUUUGGGGGCGGGGUGAAAGAGUGGCAGAAAAAGAGGGGGGAAGAAGGGGCCUACCCCACUCUAGCUCCAGCCAUGCCCCCCUUUUUACUGUGGUCCCAGUUACAACUCCUUUGAACCCCCUGACAGAUAACCGAGGAAAGGAAACAGAAAAAGGGUUUUGAUAAGAACUUUGUCGUCUCUCUCAAAACAAGAACAGCAACAAGAAACUCCUGACUCCUUUCCACCUGUUAUAAUUAGAUGGAGUUGGCUCCUGGGGGCUGAGGUCCCUUUGCGCGCCCCAAAAAAUAUUUGAGGGGGCUGGGUGUCCCCAAAUUUGAUGGGCAGUGCUAUUCAAAUGGUGUGCGUGAGCCGUGUCUCAUCAUCAAUAGUCAGGGCUUACCUGGGCCCUCCCAAUAUUACAUUUAAACUGGCACCCCGAUUAGGUCUCUCGCCACCUAGUGUCUAAACUAUAUAAUGACGCUAUCCACACAAAACUCCUCCUCUUUUUAAGGAGCACUUCCUCAUCGCAUACAAAGUCUCUGCGUUCAGAGCAAACUGGGAGAUCUUAUGUGCAAAAACAUUUGUGGGUUUUGUAUGUUGUCGUAAGUGAACGCCAUGUGAAUGCAACAAAGUUGUUGCGUGAUACAAAUUGUGUUGCAUUACAUAUACAAGUUUAAUGUGUACGUUUAGUCCAGCUAUGAUUGUGUGGGUGCUUACCUUAUUGAUAUUUGUCAUUAAGGUCUUAAUAUCUCAACAAGUACAAAUAUUAUCAUUUCUAUUAUUAACGUAAAAAUGAGAUCAUGUAUUCAUUUUCAACGAAGAUCAUGGCCACUGGGCCCAUCACCUCCUGGCAAAUAGAAGGGGAAGAAAUGGAGGCAGUGAGAGAUUUUACUUUCUUGGGCUCCAUGAUCACUGCAGAUGGUGACAGCAGCCACAAAAUUAAAAGACGCCUGCUUCUUGGGAGGAAAGCAAUGACAAACGUAGACAGCAUCUUAAAAAGUAGAGACAUCACCUUGCCAACAAAGGUCCGUAUAGUAAAAGCUAUGGUUUUCCCAGUAGUGAUGUAUGGAAGUGAGAGCUGGACCAUAAAGAAGGCUGAUCGCCGAAGAAUUGAUGCUUUUGAAUUAUGGUGCUGGAGGAGACUCUUGAGAGUCCCAUGGACUGCAAGAAGAUCAAACCUAUCCAUUCUGAAGGAAAUCAGCCCUGAGUGCUCACUGGAAGGACAAAUCCUGAAGCUGAGGCUCCAAUACUUUGGCCACCUCAUGAGAAGAGAAGACUCUCUGGAAAAGACCCUGAUGUUGGGAAAGAUGGAGGGCACAAGGAGAAGGGGACGCCAGAGGACGAGAUGGUUGGACAGUGUUCUCGAAGCUACCAGAAUGAGUUUGACCAAACUGCGGGAGGCAGUGGAAGACAGGAGUGCCUGGCGUGCUCUGGUCCAUGGAGUCACGAAGAGUCGGACACGACUAAACGACUAAACAACAACAAUUCAUUUUAUAUUCUGUGUCAAUAUUUUUUGCUGGUCUACCCUUGCUGGGGGGCCUGGUCCAGGGAAAGGGAAAUCACUGGGGCGGAUUGUAGUCUGUAAUGCUGCUGGACUCCAACUUUGAAGUGGAAUUCAUUUCAGUCUGAAUUCUCAUCAGGACCAGAGUCACACUCUGCCUGGGUGCCUGGGUAUAGUCCCCCUCCCAGGAUUAUUCUCAGGACCGCAAUACCUCAAAGACUGCCUCUUUCCAUAUGAACCUACCCGGACCCUGAGAUCAUCUUCUGAGCCCUCGUUUGUGUGCCUCCUCCUCAAGAGGUCCGGAGGGUGGCAACACGAGAACGGGGCCUUCUCUGCAGUGGCUCCCCAUCUGUGGAAUGCUCUCCUUGGGGAAAUUCACCUGGCGCCUUCAUUAUACACCUUUAAGUGCCAGGCAAUAACGUUCCUUUUUAACCAGGCCUUUGCUUGAUCUGAUUUACAUCCUAUAGCCUUUUAAAAUGUGGUGGAGUUUUCUUGGUGGGGGGCUAUUGGGUUGUUGUUUUUAUUAGGUAUUUUGUGGUUUUAUAACUUCAUUUUAUUCUGUGAAUCACCCUGAGACUCUUGGGUAUAGGGCGGUAUAUAAAUUCAAUAAAUAAUCAUCAUCAUCAUCAUCAUCAUCAUCAUCAUCAUCUCAUUCUUAAUUUGCAGGCACCCAAAAUGGCCAGACACAAGAAGGAAGGAGGUGGUUCCAAUGUAUUCUCUAUGUUUGAUCAAAGCCAGAUCCAAGAAUUUAAAGAGGUAAGUUCUACCUAAGGCUGUGCAAAACACUUGACCUUGGGAUGUGUGAGGAUUUCGUUUGGUCUGUGUUCUUAAGCAAAGCAACCUGAUUUGCACUUGCUCAACUAAUACAUGGACCACAAUGAAGUUAGCCUUAUUUAUUUAUACAUACAUACAUACAUACAUACAUACCCCGCCCAUCUGGCUAGGUUUCCCCAGCCACUCUCCACUCUGGGUGGCUUCCAACAAAAUAUUAAAAUACAAUGGUCUGUUAAAAAUUAAAAGCUUCCCUAAACAGGGCUGCCUUCAGAUGUCUUCUAAAAGUCUGGUAGUUGUUUUUCUCUUUGACAUCUGAUGGGAGGGCUUUCCACAGCGUGGGUGCCACUACCGAGAAGGCCCUCUGCCUGGUUCCCUGUAACUUGGCUUCUCGCAGGGAGGGAACCGCCAGAAGGCCCUCGGGGCUGGUCCUCAGUGUUCGGGCAGAAUGAUGGGGGUGAAGAUGCUCCUUCAUGUAUACAGAACAGAGGCCGUUUAGGGCUUUAAAGGUCGGCACCAACACUUUGAAUUGUUCUCGGAAACGUACUGGGAGCCAAUAUAGAUCUUUCAAGACCAGUGUUAUGUGGUCCCGGUGGCCACUCCCAGCCACCAGCCUAGCUGCCGCAUUCUGGAUUAGUUGUAGUUUCCGGGUCACCUUCAAAGGUAGCCCCACAUAGAGCGCAUUGCAGUAAUCCCAGCAAGAGAUAACCAAAGCAUGGACCACUCUGGCGGGACAGUCCGCGGGCAGAUAGGGUCUCAGCCUGCUUACCAGGUGGAGUUGGUAGACAGCUGCCCUGGACAUAGAAUUAACCAACGCCUCCAUGGACAGCUGUGAGUCCAGAAUGACUCCCAGGCUGCGCACCUGGUCCUUCAGGGGCACAGUUACCCCAUUCAGGACCAGGGAGUCCUCCACACCAGCCCGCCUCCUGUCCCCCAAUAACAGUGCUUCUGUCUUGUCAGGAUUCAGCCUCAAUCUAUUAGCCGCCAUCCAUCCUCCAACCGCCUCCAGACACUUCUCCAAAUUUCGUCAUAUUGUUCUUGGCUCAAAAAAACGUAGCAAAGUGCAUAUAAAAUGUGUAUUUUAGUUUUGAAAGCAUACGCAAAGUGUUGAACCCAUUGAAGUUUUAUUCACUGCACAGGUGUUGAAAUUAAUGGACCCCAGUUAGCCGUUUACGAAAUGCGGAAGGAUACAGAGGGUUUUCCGCCUUGUUGGAUUCAACACAGUUAUAAGCAAUAUCCCCCACCCCUAAUCUCUCACUCUUUGUAUUUUACAAUAGGCCUUCACAAUCAUGGAUCAGAACCGAGAUGGCUUCAUUGACAAGGCUGACUUGAGAGACACCUUUGCUGCAUUGGGUAAAAAGCACAAACUUUUUGGUGUACUGGCAUCUAAUAUGUAUUUUGGAAAGUUGUUUGUUUGCUGUGCGUUUGGAUGUCUCUUAGGAUAUUGGUCACCACAUUAUUUUGAUUUUAAUCCUAUUUUAAGCUGUAUUUCAGCCGAUUGCUGAAUUUUAUGUCUUAAUGUAUUAUAUAUUUUGAUGUUAGCCACCCUGAGCCUGGUUCUGACCGGGAAGGGCAGGAUAUAAAUGAAAUAAAAUUAUUAUUAUUAUUAUUAUUAUUAUUAUUCACGAUCAUUCCUGAGAUUGAGGAGCAGGUUUUCAUCUAUGUUUGGAUCGAAUUGGAUACCGUUUUGAAUCAAGAUGGAAGACUGAACCUUCUUGUGUUAGUUGGUUUAUACUAGCCAAUCAGAGACGACACAGAAAAUGAGAUGGUGCCAUUUGUGUAUGAAGUGUUGAAUAAACACUCCCAAGUUUAUUUCACCAUAUGGUAAACCCAGCCAACCCGGGUCUGCAAUUUUGCACCAAAGGUUUAACAUUAUUUCUAAUUCCAGUUUAUUUUUUUUUCAAGCCUGCCACUCCACCAAACCAAUAAAUUUCUGCCAAAACCUCAGGUGCUGCCACUUCUGGGAUCAUUAGUUAGAAGGCAAUAACAUCUGCCAAUAAACUGAUUUUCCCUUCACCCGUAACCUUUGUAAUUUGGAGUCAUUCUAUAUCCUGUGGCCUUCUUCUUGUCCCGACAAUUCUUGAGUUUUCCACCGUGUCCCUGGGUUCAAAAUAUGAGCAGUGAUUUCAUUCUCUUAAGGUUUUUACACUUUGCUGCAAGCUCUAUUCAACUUUGAAGAAAAGAAAAUAUUAGGUUAGAGAUUUUGGACCGGUGGUUUGCGUAUCAUUCGUUCAGGUGCAUGUGCAGAUCUCUGGGUGAUGUCACACACCUACAGCUAUAUAAUUCUUCAUGGCUGAAUGCCACCAUUUCCAUUUAGUGUGACAAGAACACUCUUCUAUCAUAGGUCGCAUGAAUGUCAAGAAUGAAGAGUUAGAAGAAAUGAUCAAGGAAGCUCCAGGGGCCAUUAACUUCACCGUCUUCCUUACUAUGUUUGGUGAGAAGCUCAAAGGUAAGCGGAAACCAGUGGUCAAAUGGCAUGCGCGAAUCUCUAUUUACAAUCAGUUCCCAGAAUCCUCUGCAUGGGGCGGACCCAUGGCAGUUUAACUGGUGUGGAGGGACCCUGGCUCAAUGGCAGAGCACAUGUUGCAUAUGUAGAGGUCCUAGGUUCAUUCCUUGGCCCUCCAGUCAGAAGGACCCGAUAGCAGGUAACAUGGAAAAAUUGUCAGGAGCUCGUCCUACACUCAAGUAGGACCCUGGUAGAGUCACAUGUCCAACUGGCAUGUUCUCUCCCUCCUGGUCGAUCAUUCGGGAGCUUCAAAAGCUUUCUUCAGCCCAAACAUCACAGCGACCGAUGCCAACGGACAUCGGCACACUUAGGGAUCCACAGAGUCUUCGCAGUUCGCGUGACAGACCUCAGCAACUCAGCAUUUUGGCUAAUCUACUUUAUUUACAUAUAAACACACACGGAGCACUGAACAUGGCUCUCUCUCUCUAGGAUUAGACAGCAAAAAAGAAGAAAGAAAGAAAAGAACAAAGGACAAUAGUCCCACUUCAUGGAACACAGUAACACAAACAUCCUGUCUCCGACACGUCCCACUCUGUGGAGUCAAAACACACACCGUCAUGUGAUAGACAACAAUCCCAUGACUGCAAUCACGGAGCAGGAAUUCUAACAAAAAUGACUUGUUUGAACCAACAGAGUAAUGAGCACCAGGAUAGAUGGACAAAAAGUCUGACCCUAGAGAAGGCAGCUGCUGGUGUUGGUAUGAAUCCGAGGUAUGCUUGGAGUGUAGUUUUGCAACCUGCAAUUCUUUGUUCAUGGAGCGAUGGUUCAGGUAUACAUGCCAAUGUCAUGGACUGGUUGAAUUCAGAGGAAUGGUGAGUCAGCUGGGGAGCAGUGGCGGAGCAAGCUGUUCGGGCGCCUGUGGCGGUGCGCAUGCCUUGCACCCAGGGGCAGGGCCAGCCACCCGUGGGGCGAGCCGGGGCAGGACUCUCCGGAGGGCCUCCGAGGAGUCUGGCUGCCUCCUUCCACUCAGCCACCCUACAACUGAGAGGGAGGCAGUGGACAGACCAUUUGGGGCAGCGCGGAGCCUGCAGGUGCCCAAGCCACUGCGUCACUCCCAGGAGAGACCUGUAGCUUGGGCACACUGCGGGCCCUGUGGUGAGUGCCCAAGGCAUUUUGUCACACACACCCCUCAGUGGUGACACCCGGGGUGACUCACCCCCCUGCCCCCUUCCUCUGCCCCUGCUGGGCAGCCCCCCAAGGGAAGAAGGCUCAGAGCUGGGGAAUUGGUGGUGGGACGACAAUUAGCGGUCAGAGGGAGAAGUGGGAGAAGACUGGGGAGAAGUGGUGUCAGAAGCUGAAGAGGUAACAGGGCUUAGUGAGCGGGGAGAAUCAGUGGCAGAGAGAAGACCAGAAGCGGAGGCAGAAGCAGAGGCUGGAGAGGAGGGAGGCCAAGAGGGAGAGAUGAGUCUGGCUAGUGAAGAGGCACGGGUGUCUCCCUCUCCUUCCGCGACCAGCUCCCCUCCCCCAUGGUCUCCCAGGACAAGAAGUGGCAUGAAAUGAGAAGAGCAAAGACAGGCAUGCAGGCUUGGUCUCAGAUUGCUUGGGGAAAACCCUGGAGGUGAGGAUCUUCAGUCUCUGCAACUGCUUCAUGGGGGCAAGACCUAUGAAAUAAGAGUUGCUGUGCUCCUUAGGCCUGACCCUCCAGUGCAGAUCCUGUUUUUUUCUAAUAAAAAGUUAAGUCCACUUACUUUGUACUGGUGGCUGGCUCACUUGGGACAACACACACUUUUGCAUAUAGGCGCCAUCCCUGGAACGUAACCCCCACGCAAGACGCGAUCGUACUGUACUGAACAGGAUGGACCAAUGGUAUGACUCAGUAGAAGUCCACUUCCUCUGCUGCUGUUUCGCUCUGCCUAGCCAGUUUGGUAUCUCUCAAAUUUGUUUAAAAAAUAAUCAGUGUUGCGGCGGUGUCCUCCCUCCCAUACUGUCUUUGGGUGGAAAAAAAUAAAAGAAGCAGUUUGUAGUCUGUAAUCCUACUGGACUCUUGAGCUUUGAAGUGGAAUUCUGCGGCAAGCAUUCCCUAUUGAUUAGCUGGUGCACAAAGUGGUCUCUUUGAGGACAGCGCGGCAUCUCUGCGUGGUAUACAAAUUGCAUUUCCUCCAACUCUUUGUGGAGCAGAGGCCCAUGUGGCUGACAUUAACACAGAAUGCUUUCGGGAGGGUGGGUGUGUUUGCUGCUCAUCUGGCAGUGGGAUAUAUAUCACUAACCAAAGUUUCCAGCUUCUUCCUAGAGUUCCAGCUCUCUCUCCCCUUGCUCCUGCGCUGACAAUGCUUUGAUGGCUUUAACAGAUUUCUAGCACAGCUAAUUGUAUAAAUCAUUGUCAUCGUCAUCAGUAAUUACCUGCCCUUCACUCAAAGGUCCUUGGAUGCAUUACAAUGUUAAAACACAAUAUUAAAAACAGUUGAAAGCAAUUUACAAUCCCUACAGUGUCAUCGUGUCUACAGACCUGGGAUAGCUCAGUCGGUAAAGCAGGAGACUCUUAAUCUUAGGGUCAUGGGUUCUAGCCUCAUGUUGGGCAAAAGAUUCCUGCAUUGCAGGGGGUUGGACUGGAUGACCUUUGGGGUCCCAUCCAACUCUACAAUUCUAUGAUUCUAAAGUGACUUGUGCUGGGCUUAUGUUCCAGGGAUUUUCAAAAAUGUGCAUAGCCGAACCACCCUCGUAUGGCCAUCCUUAGCUUUCAAGCAAGGCAGAGAGCUUUUAAGAGUUGCUUACCAGGCUCUGGUAGGCUCUUCUGCGGGCUCUUGGAGGACCGUUUGUGAAAUAUACUCAGAGUCGAGAGUGGAUUUCAUGCUCUUUAUUCAGCUCAUAGUGGUGAGGAGGAAUGAAUGUCCCCUCAAAGUAUCUGCUUUAUAUACAUUAUUUACACAAUGGACUGCACGUGAUUGGCUAAUUCCAGAAUUCUCCUGUAGGCCAAUCAGGUUGUGGAUUCACUUCCAUCUGGAGCCGGAUUGGGUGGUUCCUGCAGACCAAUCAUACUGCUGCGUUGUUCUAGGACCAAUCAGACUGCUGCAUUCUGAAUCCUAUUGUUCUAGGACCAAUCAGACUGCUGCAUUUUGGAUCCUAUUGUUCUAGGACCAAUCAGACUGCUGCAUUUUGGAUCCUAUUCAACUCAGUACAUAACAGUUUGAGUCCCCACAAUAUCUCACAAGAGCCUCCCAAAGCCUGAUAAGCAAGUCUGAGAACUUAACAAGCUCUUUCCGCAGCGGGAGAACCCGGCUCAAAGGAGUUUUCAAGCUCUCUGCCUUGCAAGCAAUUAAUUUGCGGGGUUUCAAAUAACCCAAGAUAAUUGUGCACAAGACAUGAUAGUACUGUAUCUGCUAUUGGCAUAUAAUUUCUGGGGGAUGCAUAGCCAUGGAUCUUCCCUUCUUUCUUUUUACAACCUACCCCCCCCAAACCCCCAACAACCACCAAGCUUUCUCUCUCUUUCCCUGUGGGCUGCCCCACAAACCUAGAAGGUGGCAGUGGCUGGGUUCAGGUAGGUAGCCAUGUUGGUCUGUCAGAGUCAUAAUAAAUAACAAGAUGAAUUUUAUUAUUAUUAUUAUUAAGGGAGUUCUUUUUGGAUCAUCUUUUAAUAAUUUUUUUUUAGAAAAAACUUUAAUCUUGUUAUUUAUUAAUCUUGACGGGGUGACAUUCCUUCUACUCCACACUUAUUAAAAGCACGGGAUCCAUAGCUGUCAACUUUUCCCUUUUCUUGUGAGGAAUCCUAUUCGGAAUAAGGGAAUUUCCCUUAAAAAAAGGGAAAUGUUGACAGCUAUGACGGGAUCUUUGUCCACCUGACAAAGUGGAAGGUGUGCAAAGGAGGGCAGCCUGGAAAUCUAGCCUUAUGAAGAAUGGUUGAGGGAGUUGGGGAUGUUUAGUCUGGGGAAGAGAAGACAGAGAAGAGACAUGAUAGCCAUUUUCAAAUACCUGAAGGGCUGUCACAUGGAAGAUGGAGCGACCUUGUUUUCUGCUGCUCCAGGGCGUAGGAGCCAAACCAAUGGUUUAAGUUACAAGAAAGGAGAUUCCGCCUGAACAGCAGGAAGAACGUUCUGGCAGUAGGAGCUGUUCAGCAGUGGAACAGACUCCCUUGGAAGGUGGUGGACUCUCCUCCUUGGAACUUUUAAAGCAAAUGUUAGAUGACCACCUACCAAGGAUUCUUUAGUUGUGAUCCCUGUAUUGCAGAGAGUUGACUCUUGGAAUCCCUUCCAACUCUACAAUUCUAUGAUUCUGUGAUGCUAGCAGAGGAUAGGAGAAGCUGUCAACAUUUGCCAGUGCCUGUACCUCCAGUCUAUGCCAACCAGCAGAGACUGGUCGGCAUAUUUUCCUGGUAUUUUAGCAAUAAAUACUUGUUUCACGUAGCAGCAAAGGAACCAGUUACCUUUACCCUUUAUAACAAAGAACAAGGAACACCCAAAAACAUGAGUGCGUUUCUUAAGGGAUGUACUGUGCGAAAUUAAAAGGAAGCUAUUAAACCACAGAGCCUAGGACUUGCCGAUCAAAAGGUCGGUGGUUCGAAUCCCCAUGAUGGGGUGAGCUCCUGUUGCUCGGUCCCUGCUCCUGCCAACCUAGCAGUUCAAAAGCACUUCAAAGUGCAAGUAGAUAAAUAGGUACCGCUCCGGCGGGAAGGUAAAUGGCAUUUCCGUGCGCUGCUCUGGUUCGCCAGAAGUGGCUUAGCCAUGCUGGCCACAUGACCCGGAAGCUGUACGCCGGCUCCCUCGGCCAAUCAAGCGAGAUGAGCGCCGUAACCGCAGAGUCGGCCAUGACUGGACCUAACGGUCAGGGGUCCCUUUACCUUUACCUUAUCUGAGGAAUCAGUCUGUUGUAUUUUCCCAAACUGCUAGAGUGCUAAUCAGCAAAUUAUUCUGCAAACAUGCAACAGUUUGCAGUCUUUAUAUUAAAGCACCUGAACUUGUCCACCUCCCAUUAUUUUUAUCCUUGAGAACAAAUACAUUUUUUAAAAGGGGAGAACACAGGAAUCUGCCAUAUACUGAAUCAGACCAGCUUCCUAUUGUCCCCAGAGAAUCUCUGGAGCUUUAGGCAUCUUACCUGGAGAUGCUGGGCAUUGAACCUGUGACCUUCUGCAUGCAAGGCAGGUGUUCUGCCACUGAACUACAGCCUUUCCCUCUGUAUCAUUUUCUCUGUUUCUGAUGUUCAGAGCUGUUGCUUCUUUGAGCCAAUGUGGCACCAUCCACACACACACAAGAGAGGUUUGAGCAGUAUGGGGAGAAUGUCAAAGUGCACAGGAGUACAGAAACUUGUAAUGAGGGAUGGGGAGCCCUCAGGGAUAAUCCCCAAUGUGAACUGAGCAUGCCCAGUGACCUUCCAAUGACUCAGCCUCUAAAAUGUGUGGGUGAGGGGGGUGGAGAAGAAGUCUUCACUAAGUGCUGAAAAACUAUCAGGCUCAGCUCCUGGGGGAAAGGGUUCCACAUUUCAGGUGCCACAAUUAUAAAGGCCCUGCUAUGGAUUACCAGCAGCCUCCCUCUCUGAAAGAGCGUGUUACCUACGACUUAAGUCUUGUCGAUUCCUGUGGGUAUAGACGUGGGGUGUGUGUGUGCAGCAAUGCAGUAUGUACAUCAAGGAAAAAUGCUCACAUAACUGUGUGUGUUAAGGGAAAGCAGGCACAAAAUUCAUUAUAUGGGGGGAAACGGCUUGCAAAAAUGUGCACCUAGCAGAAAAAGUCUUCAAAAAUGUGUAUAUUGUUAAUAUGCAUGAAAAUUGGUAUGAAUGUACGUUUGUCCCUUCCCCAACAGUGCAAGUAGCAACCUUUCUCCACAAGGCAUAUUUAUAAAAGGGAUGCGGGUGGCACUGUGGUCUAAACCACUGAGCCUCUUGGGCUUGCCAAAGGUCGGCGGUUGGAAUCCCCGUGACAGGGUGAGCUCCCGUUGCUCUGUCCCAGCUCCUGCCAACCUAGCAGUUCGAAAGCAUGCCAGUGCAAGUAGAUUCUUCUUCUUUGGCGAUCACCAGUAAGAUUGUCUUCCAUAAACACGGUUUUAACAAUGAGUCUGUAAGUGACUGUGGAGGCCAAUUCUGGCCUUCCAUAGUGGGGACAUUGGUUUCCAGGUGGGAAUUGCACCAGAAGCAGUUUAGUCAUGCUGACCACGUGACCUGGAAAGUUGUCUGUGGACAAACGCUGACUCUCUCAGCCUGAAAGCGAGAUGAGCACCACAACCCCAUAGUCACCUUUGACUGGACUUAACCAUCCAGGGGUCCUUCACCGUUUACCUUAUAUUUAUAAAGUUGAGGCAGGCACCUCUCCAAUUCUGGGCCCCUACAUGGCUGUCCAGUUAAUUUUUUUAUAUAUAAUUUUUCUUUAUCAUUUUCCAUUGCAAUGUUUCACAUUUCAUUGAAUAUAACCGUACCUUCAAUCAUUGACUUCCCUUCCCCCCCCCUUCCAUGGCUCUAUUUAUUUAUCCAUUAAAACUGCAUAUUGUGAUUUCCCCAUAUAUUCAUAUUUCUCCGUUCCCCCUAUAUAUAUAAUACUUUACACUGCUGACUUUACACUAACCCUGCUAAAGUUUUAACCAGAUUAACCUGAUUCUUCAGCUAUUCUCCAAACAUUUCCCACUUGUCCUUAAAUACUCCAUUUUCCUGAUCUCUUAUUCUAUUAGAUAAAUUUGCUAAUUCUACAUAUUCUACUUCUCCUGUGUUGCUAUUGUUCUCUCGGUUGCCCAGUUUCUUGGUAGGACUGAGAUGGGACUGUUGGUGGCUUAAGUGUCAGUUCUGUUCUCUGUAAUGGUAAAGGUACCCCUGGCCAUUAGGUCCAGUCACGGACAACUCUGGGGUUGUGGCGCUCAUCUCGCUCUAUGGGCUGAGGGAGCCGGCGUUUGUCCGCAGACAGCUUCCGGGUCAUGUGGCCAGCAUGACUAAGCCGCUUCUGGUAAAACCAGAGCAGCACACAGAAAUGCCGUUUACCUUCCCGCCAAAGCGGUACCUAUUUAUCUACUUGCACUUUGACAUGCUUUCAAACUACUAGGUGGGCAGGAGCUGGGACCGAGCAACGGGAGCUCACCCCGUCGCAGGGAUUCGAACUGCCGACCUUCUGAUCGGCAAGCCCUAGGCUCAGUGGUUUAGACCACAGCACCACCCGCGUUCUCCAUAGGCGACUGUGAAUGUUGAUAUAGGGAUCAUUUUCUAGGAUAAUGCAGAAAUUAACGGUCUGGUCUUCUUCUGUAAGCAGCACAGGAGGUUGCAGUAUGAUGAGGGUGAUAGAUUGCGUAUGUAUGCGUGCACACACGUAUGUGACAAUAUUCGUGGGGAGCCCUAAUGUGAUAAGUGGUAAAAGUUGGCUCUUUAGUUACACAGAUGAUUGGAAAAUGGAGAUCAUUUAUUUACUGUUAGCAUGUGACUUGCUGGGCUUGCAUGAGUCGUCUGGGCUACCAACAAUGCCCAGUGCUCACCGCUGGAGUAUGUUCACACAUUCAUCUGCCAGUCCUCAAGUGCCCAGUAAUUGAGUGGAGUGAAAUCAGAUUAAGUUAUGUUCAUAUGUGGUGUGAACCAGCAGAUACAUGUGUGCACAGAAUUAUUGGAAAUAUAAAUCUCUGCUUGUUCCCCUUAUAGGCACAGAUCCGGAAGAGAUCAUUCUGAAUGCUUUCAGGGUUUUCGACAGAGAAGGAAAAGGUCAUGUGAAAGCAGAUUAGUAAGUUUUCACUUCGUUUUGAAUCUCUUCCCCAUGUUAAUUUCGCUUCUGUCAAGUUUGUGACUCAUUGCCAGUCUGUUGUAUUGCACUGCCCAAUGGCUGGAUUCCUGUCCUGUGGAAUUCCAGAUUCUGUGAGCAGUCAUAGAAUCAUCAAAUCAUGGAAUGGUAGAGUUGGAAGGGACCCCAACGGUCAUCUAGUCCAACCCCCUUCAAUGCAGAAAUCCCAGCUAAAGCAUUCAUGACAGAUAGCCAUCCAACCUCUGCUUAAAGACCUCCAAGGAAGGAGAGUCCAUCACCUUCUGAGGGAGACCGUUUGCUGUCACCAAUAAAGGUCUGGGCCAGUUUUAACCCAUCUUCAGCCUCUAUUUGCUCCCAUGCACGCUACUCUGCGCUGCAGACACAAAUUAAUCCCCAUGUAAACAAGAGUCUCCUCCAGCACCAUAAUUCAAAAGCAUCAAUUCUUCGGCAAUCAGCCUUCUUUUUGUGAGAGCUGGACCAUAAAGAAGGCUGAUAGCUGAAGAAUUGAUGCUUUUGAAUUAUGGUGCUGGAGGAGACUCUUGAGAGUCCCAUGGACUGCAAGAAGAUCAAACCUAUCCAUUCUUAAGGAAAUCAGCCCUGAGUGCUCAUGGGAAGGACAGAUCCUGAAGCUGAGGCUCCAAUACUCUGGCCACCUCAUGAGAAGAGAAGACUCCCUGGAAAAGACCCUGACGUUGGGAAAGAUGGAGGGCACAAGGAGAAGGGGACGACAGAGGACGAGAUGGUUGGACAGUGUUGUCGAAACUACCAACAUGAGUUUGACCAAACUGCGGGAGGCAGUGGAAGACAGGAGUGCCUGGUGUGCUCUGGUCCAGGGGGUCACGAAGAGUCGGACAUGACUAAACGACUGAACAACAACAAAUUCCAUACCCUCUAACACUUCUCUGAAGAAAAAGGGAUGUUCUAAAGAAAAGUGGACAUUCUUGGAUCAAAUCAGAAACUGGGACGGCUUCUGUAAAUCCAGGACUGCCCCUGGAAAACAGGGACACUUGGAUGGUCUGCACUCCUAGAGGGGCAUGCAAUUGGAUGUGCCUGCCUUCUGUUCUUGUCCGUGAGCUCACCUGUGGAUGUGAGGUUGGAUCCACAAUGACUUCCUGCGUUGCUCAGGAAACGAAGCAUUGCUUCUGCAAACAGGAUAUGGAAGGAAGGAGAGGGCUCUGGCGUCAUGUAUGUGCAGGUCUCUCAUAUACGCACAUUCCUUGCAAACAAGCGGGGAAGGAAAUGGGAUAUUCUGGGCUUUGAAAAUGUGGACUUUGGAGAAGGUGGUUGGCCACACUUUAAAUAUAGCUAAUUUCCGUCACGGUCCAAGUUGGUGCAAAUUUGUGGAGUGCUGUUUCGUAUCAACAAGACUGUUAUUGGACAGCUGUGGGAAGCAUAAUCGCAACGCUGUGCUCUCUUGCUUGUGAGUAAACCUCAUAAACGUCAAGGGAACUUUGCAACCUGAAUCGCCAAACUUUUCCAAAUGCCAUGCCAGUUUUUGUUUUGUUUGCCCACCUUGGAAGGAGGCUGUUGUUGAGCUUCAACAUCACAAAGGACGGUGUGCCCAAUCUCUUUCUCAUCUAUCUCUUUUUGUGGUAAGAGUAUGGUGUUUAAGGCAAUAUAGAUAUCACAUAUCUUUGCCAUCACAUUCAAAAUCAGUUCCAAAACUCCCAAAUGAGUCACAUUUUCCAAGUGAGAGGUGAAAACACGCAGUGGAAAAAAUGAAAUGCCCCAAAAGGAUGUUAAUUAGAUGAAGGUUCUUAUUAAAAGGUCAGUCACCGCCAAUGGAGGUGUGGGGGGGAGAAUUGUGCUGUUGUCUUUCCUUCUUCGCAUGGAGAAAUGCUAUUAAUGAAUAGCAACCAUCGCCUUGAAAGCAGAAAGACUUUCAAAGGGAUGUGUGAGCCAUGCUAAAAAAAUUAUUAGAGUCAAAUGUCUAAAUGCUGGAAUUAUGUGAAAUGAGGCUGAGCAUCAAAUGCAGCCAUGGGAUUGAUUUAAUGGUUUGUUAUGUAAUGAUUGACAUUACCCUUGGGUCUAAUAAGAAAACAGUAUGUUCUGUUGUGUGGUGAUGAGCUAAUGAAAUUGUCUUGUUACUUUGGCUAGGUUGGGCAGGGACCGUUUUUGGUGGGGUGUUGUGGGUGUCCUUUUCCAGCAAGAAAAACCCUGCAGUUACGAAUUACGCAUUUAUAUUCCACUUUGUAUUAUGAAAUUGUGGGUGCCCUUGAUCCUCCUCUCCCAGGAUAAGACUAGAAGUGGCAUUAACUGUGUGGGUGCAGGUAAAGUAGGAGGGGGAGCAUUGUGUAGUGGAUAGAGCCGCUUCAGCCCCUUCAACACUUUCCCUGAUGUGCUAGUUCUCUACAUGCAGGGACAGUUUUUGUUUUUGUUUUUGUUUGUUUUUGUUGUUGUUGUUGUUUAGUCGUUUAGUCGUGUCCGACUCUUCGUGACCCCAUGGACCAGAGCACGCCAGGCACGCCUGUCUUCCACUGCCUCCCGCAGUUUGGUCAAACUCAUGCUGGUAGCUUCGAGAACACUGUCCAACCAUCUUGUCCUCUGUCGUCCCCUUCUCCUUGUGCCCUCCAUCUUGCCCAACAUCAGGGUCUUUUCCAGGAGUCUUCUCUUCUCAUGAGGUGGCCAAAGUAUUGGAGCCUCAGCUUCAGGAUCUGUCCUUCCAGUGAGCACUCAGGGCUGAUUUCCUUAAGAAUGGAGAGGUUUGAUCUUCUUGCAGUCCAUGGGACUCUCAAGAGUCUCCUCCAGCUCCAUAAUUCAAAAGCAUCAAUUCUUCGGCAGUCAGCCUUCUUUAUGGUCCAGCUCUCACUUUCAUACAUCACUACUGGGAAAACCAUAGCUUUAACUAUACGGACCUUUGUUGGCAGGUGAUAUCUCUGCUUUUUAAGAUGUGUCUAGGUUUGUCAUAAUAGGACAUCCUUAUUUUCAUCACAGAAAUGUUGGAGGAUAUGGGAUUGGGAGUUCAGUUGCCUCUCCUCUUUCGACUUACUUGUCAAUCUUCAACCAACAAUCAAAGGAGGUUUCUAGCAUGUGAACUUAAGGGUGUAAUAGGCCAGUUUUCAGUUCGAUUCUGUGUUGCAGUGGCCUUCAGAUACUCUUUGUCCCAAGAGGGAAUUUUCUGUUCCUCCCUUUUUCAAAAUGAAGAGGAUUGUUCUCCAUAAUUAGAGAGUCCACUCAGGGGCGGAGGAAGCGGGGCGCGGUGGGGGCGGCACGCCCCGGGUGUCACCACUGAGGGGGGUGACAAAAUGCCAGGCGGCACGCACCGCGGGGCCUGCAGCGCGCCUGAGUCACAUCUCUCUCCUGGGAGUGACGCAGUGGCUUGGGCUCCCGCAGGCUCCGCGCUGUCCCAAACAGUCCGCCUGCCACCUCCCCCUCAGCUGUAAGGCGGCUGAGGGGGAGGAGGCAGGAAAACUCCCUGGAGGCCCUACAGAGCAUCCUGCCCUGGCUGGCCCCGCCCCUGGGCGCAAGGCACGCCCACCGCCCCAGCCACCCAAUCGGCUUCCUCCGCCGCUGAGUCCACUAGCUUAGAAAGAUCAGAAUUAGGUGCCUAAGGAACUUCCACUUUCCUUUUGUUUAAGUGCAAAGAGUAGGAAGAUCCAGUUGUGAGUCUCAAUUGUUUCUUCCCCAAGGCUGCAGGAGACAGUCUGAUGGAGCCACAGAAGGAUCAAAUCCUUCUUGGAUCUUCAUCCAGACAUCACUGAUGUUGCCCACAGCCCCACCGCCCUCUUCUUGAGGCUACAAUGUGCGCCAGAUUAUCUCAAUUAACGCACAACUUGUUCCAUGCCAUUUCGUUUUUGGAAAAAAAGAAAGCGCAGCUCUCUGUGACUUACUAGGAAACCAAAUAUUGGGACUGAAAAUAUUGGAACGAGCUGAAACUGGCCGCGACAGAUACCAUCAGGACCCCAGGGCAGGAGCUGUUUUUAUAAACCCAGUUUGUUUCUAUGUGUCUGAUUUUGGGGGUUGUUGUCUCCUCCCUCCCCGCAAAGCAACAAGUAAUAUGGAAAACAACAACUGCAGGGAAGCUCACGGCUUCUUAGUUAGGAAAAUCUGAGUCUUUGUUUCUCUAUAAAAUAAAUAAUGGAAACUGUUGGGUUCUUUACUCAGUCCUUCUUAUGUGUAAUGGUGCCAGAGGCUGCCGUGCUGUGCUUCUGAAGCUCAAAAUUGUAUUUGAUCCUCCUCCUUCGCCACCACCACCUCAGCCACCCCCGCCGCCCCCAAUCUGGCCUCACAUUCUUUCCAAAAACACUGGAUGCAUGUGAACAGAAUAUGCCAAGUGACAUUGGUUGCUUUCUGAAAGAGAGAGAGAGAGAGGACGGAGCCUCUUUGGAAACCAAAUCAAUAGAAGAGUCUUGCGGCAGAAGGUUUCAUGGACUGGAGUCAACAGAUUAAGGACAGUUGCCAGAUACAGACAGGUGGACACAGAGGAGGAAAAAUGGAAACAGUGGAAACAGUGAGACCAAAAGUGGCUCGUCUUGUCCAGCAUCCCAUUUCUCUUGGUGGCAAAACAGAUUAUAAGAACUUGGGAAGUCUGCCUUCAAAGAGAAUGAGUUCCAGUUCCAGUUCUCCCCUUCCCAAACAGGAUUAGUUCCAGUGCAAGUUCACCCCCUCCAAAAAGGAACAACUUCUGCUCCAGUUCAAUUCUCACAGUUCAAUUCAAAAUUCAUUCACAUGGCAAUUUUUUUCAGUCUUGAGAGUUUCACUAGCUUCUCACCUGAAGGAUAAAAUGUACUUAAGAACAGUAAGAAAAUAUCCAAAGGCACAUGUUAUACAACAGGAACAGUUGUUUUGUCUAUUUCCCCCAACGAUUCCUAAGCUUAAACAGCAACAUCCCUUUUACAGAUAGAGGGGGAAAUGAUGACUGCAUUGAAACACAAUGAAUGUAAUGAAACGUGUGUGUGUGUGAAUUAAAAAGCGGCCUCCAAAAAAUCAGCACAAAAGUAACUUAAUUCCUGUUCGGUUCACCCAGACAUUGCAGAAACUACUUUCAGAUGUGACUCAGAGCUUUCUGAAUUAAUUCAGCAAAUUAGUUCACUUGAAUCCAUCCGUUCCAAGCACCGCCAGUUACACCCUUAGACAUACUGACCUGGCUCUGUUCACGUGCCGUUGCUUCUCUAGCAAGAGGGGAAUACAAUGGGACAUAGUGGAUCUGUGAUUCCUGCAUUGCAGGAGGCUGGAAUAGGAUCCCUUCCAACUCUACAGUUCUAUGAUUCCACACCUUCAGCCAUAAUGGCGCCAGCACUGCAUUCGUACUGCUAUGUACUCCUGUUAGGUUUGAGCACAGUGCAAAAGAUUGCAAUUGUGGCCUCCUCUGUGGCCCUUAAAUAGAUUUGCUUUAUUUCAAACAGCAUGAAGGAAAUGCUCAUGACACAGGCAGACCGGUUUACUGAAGAGGAGGUAAGAUUCCUUACAUGCUGCACUCCUUUUUUUCCUGAAAAUGUGAAGAUUUUUCUAUUUGACAAGAACGAUUUCCAAUUUUUUUGUUUCGUUCCGGAUUUGAUGGUUGAGAUGGCAUCAUGAGAUUGCCAGGGGUAGUCCCUGGGAGUCUGGUUAUCUUGAGAUAAAUGGGGGAAAGAGCUGGUCUAGGAUGGAUAGAUUGAUGGUCCUUUAGAGGGGGAACUUCUAACCUUCCCAAUUUCUCUAUUUAUUUCCUUUAUAUCCCACUUUUCCCUCCAAGGUGUUCAAGGUGGCCUACAUGGUUCCAUGGGCGGAGCCAUGGAUUUUUGUUUGUGGGGGGCAGACAAAGUUGUUCAGCUUUUUUUUGGAAAUCCACCAAAGUUGUUGAGCUCUUUUUAUGAGAUUGCCCCCUAAAGUUGGAGAAGUCACGGGUAAAAAGUAAAAAUACCCCCAAGAGCAGGACUUUAGGGGGAGCAGGCUUUGGUUGGGGGGCAGGCUGAUGCUAGGGAAGGCAUAACCUCAGUUUAUUGAGUACUUUCUUUUUUGUACAUAAUUUCAAUUAAGUUUUCUGUUUUACAAUUUAAGAUACUCAUUUUACAUCCUUAGCAUAUCAAUGACUUCCAUUCUUCUCUUUCCAUGGUUCAUUUUACAUAUCAUAAAUCCCUGCAUAUUUUACAAAAACUAUACCGUUCAGUAUUCCAUUAUUGCAUCCAACAAAACUUAUUUACACUGUUGAAUUUAUCUUAAUGCUGCCAGCGUUUUCAGCUGUACACAAUUAUUUCCCAUAUAUUCAAUAAACGUUUUCCAAUCUUCUUUAUUGAGUACUUUCAAUGCUUUUCAAUAAUUCUUGUGCUCCCCCAUGCAUAGUUCUCCUCCUUCUCCAUUUUAUCCUGACAGGUAAGUUAAGCUGAGAGACUGUGACUAGCCCUAGGUCAGCCAAUGAGCUUCAUGGCCAAAUCCUGGUCUCCCAAGUCCACACUCUUAACCCUACACCACACUAGCUCUCAAUGUUGUUGUUUGACACCAGCUCCCUAUGGAAGGUUCCACAUCAGCACUGAGUGAAGUGUGGUCCAUUUGUGGAACCUUGAGCUGCAGCCAGCACUCUGAGAAAUAUGGCUCCUGCAUGAUUACAGUGGCUCUCUUCAAUGGUACCAACUAACGGGUAGAGCAGGGGUAGGCAAUCAGUCUUUGAACCGUGUGAUUGCUGACCUGCGACAGUUGGGAUGCAACUCCCAUCCUGUCCUUUCCAAUCUUUAUUUCCUUCUUCUGUUUCUCAGAUGAAACAGACGUUCACCGCAUUCCCUCCAGAUCCUGCCGGCAACCUGGACUACAAGAACCUGGUUUACGUUAUCACUCAUGGUGAAGAGAAGGACUAGAAGAUGCUGAGAUGAUCCAUCGAGAGAAGGCUAUUCACUGUUGCCUCUUUGGAGGGUCCAGCUUCAGAAAAAGCCGAGUGAGAUGAAAACAAUUAUAUUUCACUGGGCUUCACCAACCUGGGGCCCUCCUCAUGCUUUGGAAUACAACUGCCAUCAGACGUAGAAAACAACUGGGGAGCAGCAGGUUGUUGAAGGCCAUGUUAGAUAAUCUUGGGCAUUUUUAUAAAUAAAAACGGAAGAUACCAUUUUGUAUCCAUCUCCCUGCUUGUUCUUCUGUGUAUUCUCGUUUUUUGUUGUCGUCAGCGAUGUAGAAACGGGAUGUUCUCAAUGUUGGGAAGUGUCAUGUAGCUCCACCUCUUCCCCUUCCCCUUAUUAAACACCAGGGGAUACGUGAAAAAGACAAGGGAUGGAGGUAAUCUUUGUGAAACAGGGAUGGGUUCUUUUUAUAACCCUCCAACCUGGCUUAAUGUGAGCAGGAGAUGAGUACUGCGACCUGUUUUAAAUCUGAAGACACAACUGAGGAACCUGCUUGUUGGAAUAACUUGUAAUUUCACAAAGGUGUCUCUGGUUCCCUGCUCAAGGCUUCAGGGAAUCCUAUCCCUUCCACGGUGGGAUGCAAAGAAGCAGAAAAACAAGAAGAGUUCUUACCAAGUAGUUUAUUCAAUAUUCACAGAAAGAGACGAAGGAAAGCAGUCUCUCUUAGAUAAUGGCGUUGUUCCAAGUAAAGUCCCACCCCCUCAGUCUCUCCUAUUACAGUGGUACCUUGGGUUACAGACGCUUCAGGUUACAGACGCUUCAGGUUACAGACUCCACUAACCCAGAAAUAGUACCUUGGGUUAAGAACUUUGCUUCAGGAUGAGAACAGAAAUCGCACGGCAGUGGCAUGGCGGCAGCGGGAGGCCCCAUUAGCUAAAGUGGUACCUCAGGUUAAGAAUAGUUUCAGGUUAAGAACGGACCUCCAGAAUGAAUUAAGUUCUUAAACUGAGGUACCACUGUAUACGUCAUCCCUGUGCCAGCUGAUCUCUUCUUUCUGCCUCUGAGCUUUCUGUUCUACUACUCUCAAUGCACGCUGGGUCCUGGGAGAGGAAGGGUCAGGAAUUAUUUCAAGAGACACUUUCAAGAAUUCUUUCAAGAGACGUGCUUUCGAACUUCUAGGUGGGCAGGAGCUGGGACUGAGCAACGGGAGCUCACCCCAUCACAGGGAUUCGAACUGCCGACCUUCUGAUCAGCAAGCCCUAGGCUCUGUGGUUUAGACCACAGCGCCAAUCUUAGCACCCAAUAAAAUCUAUAGGGAAGGAGGUGGUCCUUCAGGUACUUGGAGCCUAUCAAUUAUGGCUUUAAACACAAACGUGAGCACCUUGAAUUAGGCCCAGAAACGAACUGGCAACUGGUAUAUUCUGUAGGUCUGAUGAAUCAAUUUCAGAUGGCCACAUAAAUUAAAAAAUAAUAAUAACAACAACAUGAAAAGGGAGAAAUAGCCAUCACUCAUAAAUUGCUGGUUUCUGCAUUUUCAGACGAGAACACCUCGGCCAACUUAAAUAUUGUUCCAAAACUCUUUUUAGUGACUUGAUUAUUUAUGGUAUUUUUAAACCAUCAGUUCACAUUUCAUUGGUGGUGAAAGCUAGAAAUAAAUACGCCAUAUGCUUACAUGCAGUUCCAGAGAAUACUGGGUUUGAUGCCACCAUCGUCAGAGGCAGCAGUGCUUCUAAAUCCCAGUUCUGGAAACUGCAAGAGGGGAGAGGGCUCCUCUGCUCAGGUCGAGCUUGCGGGUUUCCUACAGGCAUUGGUUGGCCACUGUGAGAACAGGAGUAGUUGGUCACUGGCCUGAUUCUGCAGGUUAAUUUGGCUUUCAUUUAAAAGAAUAAUAGGUAAAUAAAAAAGAGAAUUCCCUAGAUGCCUAAGAUCCAGGUUUAGGGCAAGUACUCUUUGGUGAGAGAACUCCAGCAGAGAUUUAAAAUCACAAAAUAUUCAGAAAAGUAAAUCAUGGAAAUAUAGGCUGUUAGACUUUUACAAUAUACCCCUUCCAAGUUGCUUUCAAAGUUCCCCUUUUCCCUUAGCAUAGAAAGAGACCACACAUUUGGCAAGUUAAAAAUGGUUUACUUACAAACACUUCAAAGGUCAGGUUCAUGUGCUUUUCCAUACAGCAGUUAAAAAACACAGGCAGUACAAUCCUGUAUCCAUUUUUUAUGGCUUCCCCCAAAUAUUAUUAGGAACUGUGGUAAAUCUGGUGAAAGUGCUCAUUAUCAGACUGGCCAGAUGGAAAGAGAGGAGAGGCCUUCUGAAACUUUAAUAGCUGGACAGAAGAGAGGAUUUCAGCAAUGACAAAGUUUACUUGCUGAAAUCCUCUCUGAGAUGUGUAGUUCUGUGCAGGGAAUCGGGGCAUCCUAACAACUCUCAGCAUCCUUAACAAACUACAGCUCCCAUAAUGCUUUGGGGUUAGCCAUGUCUGUUUAAAGCACUACCAUAGUGCUUUGAAUGGAAUCAUAGUGCUUUAAAUAUGAAUGUGGCCUUAGAGUCCCAUAAGAUCUGGGGGCCACCAUCUCAACCACCCCGGCCUCAAAUUUCUCGGCAGUGAUUUUUGAAACAUACACACAUACACCCCUCUGCCUUUAAGGUUGCAGGGAACCAGCCUUUUGCAGGAGUGGGCGUGCAUAAACACUGCUACAUUGCUAUCAUAAACACUGGCUGGGUGGUUGUGGGAAAUAAUUAAGUACCAAUAUAGGAAAUGCUGACAUCAGACCUUACCGUAACAGUACGAACAGGGGUGGACUGUCAUUCAGCUGUAGCCUGCAAACUGCUUUCUUUGGAAUGUGAAACAUUACAGUGGUACCUCGGGUUAAGUACUUAAUUUGUUCUGGAGGUCCGUUCUUAACCUGAAACUGUUCUUAACCUGAAGCACCACUUUAGCUAAUGGGGCCUCCUGCUGCUGCCACACCGUCGGAGCACGAUUUCUGUUCUCAUCCUGAAGUAAAGUUCUUAACCUGAGGUACUAUUUCUGGGGUAGCGGAGUCUGUAACCUGAAGCGUAUGUAACCUGAAGCAUUUGUAACCUGAGGUACCACUGUAUGAGGUGCCUAGGUUUAAUUGGCUAACUGAAAGGUUCACCGGACAGGCUUUGGAAUCAGUCACCUUGGUCCACCUAAAUACUCAGAAUUCUGUGCUGUUUCAGAUGCUUCGGUGGUUCCCAAGCUUUUUUUGGACAGCCCCCCCUUUGUUCCAUAAACUCAUCCCCAGCGCCCCCUUUCCCAACCCUAUAAACAGCUUUAUUCCGAACAGUGGUUUCUACAACCCACUACAACCCACAACAACAUUCGAGACAAUAGCAAUUUAUUGCACAUUUAUUCAAAACCCUGUUAAAACUAUUGAGUUUAAUUAAUUCAACAAAAUUGACAAAGUCGAUCCUGUGAUGCCAGCUUUUCAAAGCCUGAUAGUUAUUGACAUCUCCAACAGCCCCCUAUUGCCCCCUUACCUCUCCUUGCCCCUCUAGGUAAUCCCACCCCCAGGGGGCGCUACUGCUCCCAUUGGGAAGCCCUGCCUUAGACCAUGUCUGGUUGUUCUACCUGCAAAGGAAGAAUACUUCCUGAUUCGCCUCACAUUCAGAUUUAUUUAUCCGUAUUGGAAGUGAGAGCUGGACCAUAAAGAAGGCUGAUCGCCGAAAAAUUGAUGCUUUUGAAUUAUGGUGCUGGAGGAGACUCUUGAGAGUCCCAUGGACUGCAAGAAGAUCAAACCUUUCCAUUCUUAAGGAAAUCAGCCCUGAGUGCUCACUGGAAGGACAGAUCCUGAAACUGAGGCUCCAAUACUUUGGCCACCUCAUGAGAAGAGAAGACUCCCUGGAAAAGACCCUGAUGUUGGGCAAGAUGGAGGGCACAAGGAGAAGGGGACGACAGAGGACGAGAUGGUUGUUUAGUGUUCUGGAAGCUACCAGCAUGAGUUUGACUAAACUGCAGGAGGCAGUGGAAGACAGAAGUGCCUGGCGUACUCCGGUCCAUGGGGUCACGAAGAGUCGGACACGACUAAACGACUAACCAACACACUCAUUGGGUUGUCACAAAACAAGAGUUCAACAACAGGAUCUACAUAUCCAUAUUAACUAAAGGUGUGGAUAUCCUUCCCACCUCCCUGAAUUUGUCCUAUUCAGCUUUAACUGAAUUGAGGCCAAGGUGUUAAGUGCCUCUCUCUCCUCUGCAGCGGAUAAACUGCAUCAUCCAAAAGGAUACCAAAUGCAAGGGGACCAAUGGAUGAAUGAAUGGACUAAUUCAUUCCAAAGGUUAAACAAUGCUCCAUGGAGAAUAAACAAAACUUGAAUCGGAAGAGGGUACAUUGUCUUACAAAGAUUUUGAUUUUUUUUUAAAGCGCAGCAAAAAGGCAAAUGCUCCAAUUAAAAUGAAAGAGGAAGUUUCCAGAGAGAAACACUUUUUGCAAUCAAAGCAUUGCACAUCUGGAACCAAUCGUCAAGUGUUUAGAAACCAUCAAAGCAAAUGUUAUUAAUAAAUGCAAGGAGACAUUAGCAGACAGGCAAGGAGGAGAGCAGACUAAGGACAGAGGUGGGGCUGACAUGAACCCUCAACACAAGCAGACUCAUUAGCCUAAAAGGACUUUGUCUCCUGCCUUUGCAACUCCACAUUCCUUUUCAUCACGUCCUUGCGGUACUUACAAAGAUUUUUUUGGCAUCAAGACUACUUUAGGUAGGAGACAGCCCAUCCAGACGGCACCUCCCAUAUGCUCAGCUCUCCCCCUAAGAAAUCAAUGCAAGCAGAAAAUGCAUAGGCAAUUAUUAGGCAAGAGAUUGAGAAGAAAAUAGACAGCACCGUAAUGACUUUUUGUCCAUUUAGGGUGUAGCCCAAGGGAAGCCAUAGUGGUGCCUUCCAUCAGCCACAGCCAGCACAGGUGGAAGUCCAAUGACUUGUGG